AUGGGCAAGAAAAGAGUUCUCGUCGGUUAUGGUGUCGAUAUCGAUGCUGUUGCUGGCUGGCUUGGCAGCUAUGGCGGUGAAGACUCCACUAGCGAUAUUAGCAGAGGCAUCUGGGCAGGGACACACGGCACUAGAAGACUACUCAAGCUUUUCGACAAAUACGACAUCAAAGCAAGCUGGUUCAUUCCUGGACAUACACUCGAAACCUUUCCAGAAGACUGUGCGGCUGUCCGCGAUGCCGGCCACGAGAUUGGACUCCAUGGUUAUAGCCACGAGAAUCCAGCGGACAUGACAUUUGAGCAACAAAAAGAUGUCCUUGACAAGACAUUUAAGAUGCUUACAGAGUUCUGCGGUAAGCCGCCUCGAGGUAGUGUUGCUCCAUGGUGGGAGACAAGCAAAGAAGGCACUGAGCUUCUCCUCUCUUACGGCAUCGAGUAUGACCACUCCAUGAGUCAUGAAGACUGUCAGAUGUAUUGGCUUCGAACUGGCGAUACAUGGACAAAGAUCGACUACUCCAAGAAAGCUGAGGAUUGGAUGAAGCCUUUGAUCAAGGGUGAAGAAACAGGUCUCGUUGAAAUCCCUGGAAGCUGGUACAUUGAUGACUUGCCGCCCAUGAUGUUUAUCAAGAACAGUGCGAACAGCCAUGGCUGGGUCAAUCCCCGAGACAUCGAGGAUAUAUGGAAAGACCAUUUUACAUACUACUACCGAGAGUUUGAUGAGUUCAUCUUCCCCAUGACUAUCCAUCCUGAUGUCAGUGGUAGACCUCACGUUCUUCUGAUGCAUGAACGCAUAAUCGAAUUUGUCAAUUCACACGAGGGCGUCGAGUGGGUGACGUUUGAGCAGAUGUCGGAUGAGUUCAAAAGCAAGAAUACUCCGCCGGCUGGAGGUCUGAUGCCUGCAAGCCGCGAGGAAGCAAUGCGGAAAGCUAAGAGCUCAUGA